CGUAGCCGUACAGAUAGCUUUGGUGAGCCUUGGAGCCUACAGGUCUGACCAUGGCUAGGAACUCUACAGAUCAUAAAUCUCAAAAUGAAGAAGAGGAACGUAAAGAUCAAAAUUGGCUGAGGACUGUCAGCAGUGCUGUCCACCAUCGCAUUCCUAUCACAAGAUGGAUCUGGGACUACAGCCGGAUGGACGCAGUGUCCGAUGUUAUUGCAGGAGUCACCCUUGGACUGACAUUGAUCCCGCAGAGCAUCGCGUACUCUUCAUUAGCUGGUGUGCCUCCACAGUACGGCCUCAACUCAGCGUUCAUGGGUUGUUUUGUGUACGUGUUGUUCGGCACAAUCAAGGAAGUGUCUAUUGGCCCCACCUCACUGAUGGCUCUACUUACGGCUGAAUACACAGGACACCUCACUCCACAGUUUGUAGUUGCUUUGUGUUUCUACGUCGGUUGCGUUGAGUUCCUCAUGGGUGUGCUUAAACUGGGUUUUCUGGUAGAUUUUAUCUCCAUCCCGGUAACGUCAGGGUUCCAAACAGCCACUUCUGUCAUCAUCAUUGUGUCUCAGAUGAAAGGCAUUCUGGGUGUCCGGUUCAAAUCUUGCAGUUUCCUUGACAACGUUCAUCAGCUGUUUAUACACUUCAAGGAGACACAAUUCUCUGCUGAUUUUUUGCUUGGAGUCAGCUGUAUUGUUUUUCUAUUACUGUUGAGAAAAGUCAAAGAUCUUCCAAUCGCAGAGGACACAACGUUUAAGCGAGUUCUGAAGCAAGUUUUGUGGUUUGCGUCUACGGCCAGAAACUUUCUUGCUGUGGUCAUCUCUGCAGGAAUCGCUUACUACUGUGAGACUUACGUCGGGAAAGUCCCAUUCAUGCUUUCACGAGGUGUAAAGCCGGGUCUUCCCCCUCUUGCGUUCCCCAACCUUACUCCAACCUUUAACAACCACACAUACACGGUAACAGAGACGGUAGAGGAGCUAGGACUGGGUAUCUUCAUCAUCCCCACAGUGGCAGUGCUGGCCAAUGUGGCCAUAGCCAAGGCUUUCAUCACAGGAGGCACGAUCGAUGCAACCCAGGAAAUGUUGACACUCAGUUUUUGCAACAUUCUCGGCUCCAUGGUACAGUCAAUGCCGACCUGUGGUGCCUUUACACGCAGCGCUGUAGCUAGCGCCAGUGGCAUACGGACGCCAUUAGCCGGCCUGUACAGUGGUAUACUCACGAUGCUUGCGCUCACUUUUCUCACCCCAUACUUCCACUUGAUACCUCGAGCCACUCUUUCAGCUGUGCUUAUUUCCGCCGUACUGUUCCUCAUAGACUACCAGAUCUUAUGGCCCCUGUGGAAGACCAAUAAGCGUGAGCUGUGUAUUGUGUUGGUAACACUGGUGUCUUGUCUGGGGCUUGGCGUAGAGAUGGGAUUGCUACUGGGAGUUAUCUGUAAUGUUGGUCACCUGAUAUACGUUUGGGCCCGACCUCACAUCGCUGUCAGUACGAGGAAGGUCUAUCUCAACCAUGGAGUGAUGGAGUAUGUCCUGGUAGCUCCCUCCAUCGGGAUGUUCUUCCCAUCUGUUGAUGUCGUCUCCAAUCACUUGCUAGAGGCAGGUUUGCAGCAGGGAGGGGGGAGACACCCAGUUGUCUUGGACUGUACUCACUUCACAUCUUUGGACUACACAGCAGCAAAGGCUUUGUGCACUUUGAUGAAAGACUUCAACAAGCGCAACCAGCAUCUGGUGUUGAUGAAUGCGUCCCCGAAGAUGAUCAAACGGUUCCGCCACGUUGGAUGCAAGAACAUCAAGUGUUGCAGGGCUGAAUCAGACUUGGAGGGUGUUGUAGGAGUCAUUCCUAUAGGAAAUAGUAACUCAAGGACACCUCUGGAGAACACGAAAGAAAAUAACAGACAUGAGGUGAUCCCUCUCAUGGACCAGAGAAGCAGCAGCAUAGAAGUUACUGAGAAGUUAUGACAAAAGACCAACCAAGAAGACAAGGGGUAGCUGAACACUCAGGAUGGUCGUGGAGAAAUAAGUGAAAAAUGAACUCAUAUCUUGGGAUGAGUUGUUUUAUAAAAAAAAUACAAAAAUGUUCCUUUUUCA